CCGCAAUUUGUCAUUUUUGGAGAAAUUGCUAAAAGCUUUUCUAAUUUAAUAAAAACUCGUCGAACACUACCGCAUCCCGGGAAUUGAAUUUUUUUUGAGUUGGUAGAUCGGAAAAUGGAGUGGGAAAGUGAUGAGAGAGAGUUAAAGGCGGCGGGAGCUGAGCUUCUGCCGGAGGGACGGAGGGGACUCCGAAUUCACGGCUGGGAGAUUGAGUCUCGGAAGCGUUCCAUUCUCACUUCUCUUCAGCUUCAACAAUGGGAAGAGGAACUCCAGACCUCUCACUUGCCAGAGAUGGUAUUUGGGGACAAUUCUUUGGUGCUUAAACAUGUGAAUACUGGCACAAAAAUUCACUUUAACGCAUUCGAUGCUCUAGUUGGUUGGAAGCGCGAAGCAUUACCACCUGUUGAAGUUCCAGCAGCUGAACAAUGGAAAUUCAGAAGUAAACCUUUGCAACAGGUGGUGCUUGACUAUGACUAUACCUUCACGACACCUUACAGUGGAAGUGCAACUUUCGAUACGAAUGCCGAGCGUGUAAGAGGUUUAUCAAAUGAAAGCAGCUGUAGUCUUCAAUGGGAGGAUUGCAUGGAGAAAAUUGAUUUGGUUGCACUGGCAUCAAAAGAACCUAUUCUCUUUUAUGAUGAGAUCAUCUUGUAUGAGGAUGAACUUGCUGAUAAUGGAAUCUCACUUUUGACUGUUAAAGUGAGAGUCAUGCCAAGUGGUUGGUUCCUAUUGCUGCGUUUUUGGCUUAGAGUUGAUGGAGUGCUUAUGAGGCUAAGAGACACUCGUUUACAUUGUUUAUUUGGAGAGCAUAUGAAAUCAGUUAUUCUUCGAGAAAGCUGCUGGAGAGAAGCCACAUUUCAAGCAUUGUCUUCUAAAGGAUAUCCUUCUGAUUGUGCUGCGUAUAGUGAUCCAAGCACUAUUAGUGAAAGGCUUCCCAUCAUAAUGCAGAAGACUCAAAAGCUCAGUAUCGAAAUACCAUGUAAGCAAUAGGUGUGAUCAACAUUGUUGUAUCAGGUUCUUCAUUCUAUGUUCCUAUUAGUUGUGGAAUUUGGUGAACGAUAAUUAAUCUUCAAGGAGAUUAUGGAAUUAUUUGACCUUAUGAAUAUCGCCACUAUUUGAGUGCCUG